GGGGUCUGCAGAGGACGUCCACAUGGACCUGCCUCCUCAGAAAGACAUCCAGUGUUUGCCUUCAGUCCUCAGUGAGCUCUCAGCUCGGAGGGGCCGCUGUCAGACAGAAUGGGGGACAUCUGCUGUGAACUCGCUGCACCGGCUGCUUCAGGGCGUCUCAGUACUUCGGAACUCGUGCGCGUCUUUUGACAAACACCACCCAGUCGGAGGAUGAGAGACCGGUUGUAGCAGCAGAGACACAACUCCAUGUGUUUUUUUUUCCUGAACGCCUGGUUUGUAAACGUGUGCAGGUUCGCAGCGUGCAGAGUGCGCUGUAGAGGUCAAACACCAGCCGGUCAGGAGGAGAUGUGCUCGGUCUCCACGCUGAUCUCACCUCGGCGAAGCUGUCAGUGGACCGUGUGCUCGGAGAAAAGGACUGAACACGAUGCGAGCCCAAUUCCCAACUGCUGCUGUUCCCCCUGAACAUGUGCAACACGUUACCGGCCGCCCCACCGCCCCACAGUAACCGCGCACGGAGGUCUCAAUCUGGCUGAAACAUGCUGAUCUUGUGGGUCCCGGUGAGUUUGUUCCUCAGCUUCAUCGUUUCUCAGACGUGGAGCGUUCAGUUGUCGUGGGAAAACUGGAACGCCGAGGUGCGCAACCGAGGGAAUGAGUUUGACAAGCCGAGCUCUCAGCCGCACAUCGUCUUCAUCCUGGUGGAUGAUCAAGGCUUCCGGGACGUUGGGUACCACGGUUCAGAGAUCAAAACCCCGACUCUGGACCGGCUGGCGGCGCAGGGAGUCAAGCUGGAGAAUUAUUACGUGCAGCCGCUGUGCAGCCCGUCCAGGAGCCAGCUCAUGACCGGCAGGUAUCAGAUCCACACAGGCCUUCAACACUCCAUCAUCCGAGCUACCCAGCCCAACUGCCUGCCCCUGGAAAAUGUCACCCUGCCCCUGAAGCUCAAGCAAGCGGGCUACUCCACCCACAUGGUGGGCAAGUGGCACCUGGGCUUCUACAAGCGCGGUUGCCUGCCCACUCAGCGGGGCUUUGACACUUUCUUCGGCUCCCUGCUUGGAAGUGGAGACUACUACAGUCACUAUAAAUGUGAAGGCCCUGGUAUGUGUGGCUAUGAUUUGUAUGAAGGAGAAGAGGCAGCUUGGGAACAGGAUCGUGGCUUGUACUCAACCGUCAUGUUUACUCGAAAGGCCGUCAGCAUCUUAGCCAACCACAAUCCUCGCAGACAACCCUUGUUUCUCUACUUAGCCUAUCAGGCAGUUCAUUCCCCGCUACAGGUUCCUGCCCGCUACCUCGAGCGCUACAAGGGCAUCCCGAACGUGCAUCGUCGUAAAUAUGCUGCCAUGGUGUCCUGCCUGGAUGAAGCUAUCCACAACCUCACAUUAGCGCUAAAACGCUACGGUUAUUAUGACAACACAGUUAUAGUGUACUCCUCAGAUAACGGUGGCCAGCCAUUAGCCGGUGGAAGCAACUGGCCCUUGAGGGGGAGUAAAGCCACCUACUGGGAAGGCGGGAUUAGGGCGGUGGGCUUUGUUCAUAGUCCCCUGUUAGUAAACAAAGGAACAAAAUGUCGAUCUUUGGUCCACAUCACUGACUGGUUCCCCACACUGGUGACCCUGGGUGAAGGCACGUUAGAUGAAGAUCUAAAUCUGGACGGGUACGAUGUCUGGGAGGCUAUCAGUGAAGGCCGGCCAUCUCCUCGCCAGGACAUUCUUCACAACAUUGAUCCAAUCUACAUCAAAGCCAAGAAUGGAUCGUGGAAGGCGGGGUAUGGCUUAUGGAACACGGCCAUCCAGGCCGCGCUACGGGUGGGCCACUGGAAGCUCCUGACGGGUGUCCCCGGCUACAGCGACUGGGUUCCUCCACAGACCUUCUCCAACCAGCAGAUAAUCAAUCGCUGGCAUAACGAACGUGUCCGCUGGGACCGGGGUAAGUCCAUCUGGCUGUUCAACAUCACGGCUGACCCUUAUGAGAGAGUGGACCUGUCUCAGCGCUACCCUCACAUAGUGAAGAAGAUGCUAAUGCGGCUAGCACAGUACAACAAGACUGCAGUGCCGGUACGCUACCCAGCUAAAGACCUGCGCUCCAACCCCCAAUACAAUGGGGGCGUGUGGGGACCCUGGUACAAAGAUGAGAGGGAAGAGCAGCACGUGGACGAGAGGUACAACUUGUUCACCAACCAUCUUGGAAAAAGAAGGUGGAAAAAGAAAUCAAAGAACAGAAAGUUGAAAAGGAAGGUAGAAGAGUAGCCUCCACCACGUGUGAAAGACUUGGUUGCCUUUUCUCAGGGAUUGACACUUCCUGUUCCAGGAUUGUCCUCUUCAGACAUUCUAACUCCAGUUAGUUUUAACUUGACUCCAGUAUGUACUGUAUGAAAAACAGCGUGGAUGGACCAUUGAAAUGCCUCAAGAGAAUAAGAAAAAGAUCCACUCGUUCUAACACUACUGUCAUGCCCAGACACAAAUGAGACCUCAUGUUACUGUUAGGGGCAUUUAAAGAAUGUUUAUUUUUCUAGAUUGUGUUGCAUGCUUGAACUGUUGUCACCUUUGGAUUGUUCUGUAGAUUCAUGUUUCACUUUGAGUAGAAAAUAAAUCCUCCAGACAGUUGCCAUAAAUUUUGGUGACAGAGAAAUAAAGUAAGACAUAGUUCUAUUAUGUUGUGAUACCGUAUCGUGGAAACAGAUGUAGGAUUUAUGUGUUGUGUGAGCUGAUUAUAAGCAGUCUGUCUGAACUUUAGAAUAAUAGAUUUUGUUCCCCUCUAUAGAUGAAGUCUGGUCUGGCACCAGGCCAACCUGA